GUAGGGCCUCAAGCAAUCGGGAGACAGGUAUAGAGUAAGGUUAUCCAAUGGAGCGGCAGUUAUCACCCCCAGGGGGCGGAAUCAUAGGUCCGGAAAUAGCCAUUGUGUAAACAGACACAUGGAGGUCUCCCACGUCGGCCUUUGCUGAGGAUAUGUAACUUCCGCUCUUCUGAUGGAUUUGAGUACAGGAGAUGUCGGUCGCAGGAUGGAGAAGUCGGAGUCCUCCCUGGGGACUGCCACGUUUCAGCAACACCAUGAUGGAGGCGCGCACGGAAUACCCAAUGGAUCCGUCUUGCACGGUUCUGAUGAUGACCCUACCUCCAGGAAACGACAGAGAACCAUGAAUGGACCUAUUUGUUGUUCGGUCCCCACCAAAUUCCCAAGUGCCUCCCAGACAGAGGACCAAAGGUCAAAUGAACUUGAUGUGGUGGGGACCAGCAAGGUUAGAGACUCAAGAGCGAUUGGAGAUCGUGUUAUACAUGGUGAACACUGCUGGAGUACUCGUUCUGGGAGUAGAGUCACAUCGCUUUAUGCAGAGCUUGUGCGGGAGCUCGAAGCGCAAGUGGCAGAACUUCAUCAGCUUCUAGCAUCGAGGAACGACGCAGCUGCUCUAAGAGAAUGGAGAAUCCAGGAGCUGGAGCAAGAGAAUAAAGAGCUGAAGAGACAAAUCCAGAGUCUGGAGGAACAGAAUGAUGCCCUAUCCCGCAGAGUACCAAGCGCUACCAGAGACGAUGACAGACUCCUGGAGCCAGAGAGCCACUGUGUGGUUGCUGCAGAGAGUAAUGCUUCUUUUCUGAAAAAUCUGUCAGGAUUCCAGGAACCAAACACUAAUUCACAGCUUUCUGCUUCACAGAUGUUCUCCACUCCUAUCUCAUCCACGGAGUCCAAAGUCUCCUCCGAGAUCAUAGCGUCUCCUAUUAUGCCCCCAGUAACCGGGGCAACUGACAUAAAUACUCAAGCAGAACCAUCCAGCACCCCCCCAGAAGGAAUGCUCCGAGUUAGUGGGGUGACCAGCGGCUUCCAAUAUUGGAUGAAGAUGGAUGAGAGUGGAGAGAGCACCCUCCCCGAAUCUUGUGUCCUGUGGGAGGAACCGUUGCAAGAGACCCUACCAGAUGGAACACCAGCUUGGGCAUCACCCAUAGAGACUAACGGGCGCCCUAAGCUGGAGCUGGUGCCAGAGUCCGGGGUGUACAUAACUUACCAGCAACUGGAGGACCUGUCCCAUAUCCCUGCCGAUAAGCCGAAACUCAUGACUAGAAGGCUUCUAGAUUACUUCUUCUCACGGGAGACUCUCGCAAGGUCCUCGGCUACUGGGCAACGCACCGCUCACAAUAACACCACGAUGGAGAAACCUCUACGCCUACCAGAGCCUGUAGUAACCGCCAUCAAAGCGUACGUUACGAAAGCCUGUGGCCGGGGAUGUAAUUUCAACGCAGUGAUUAAUAGCAAGUGUGGCACUUCCCGACGGGCCGUCAAAAAGAUGUCUAUUCGCAUCGACUGGACAGAGGGAGGCGCGAAACACUGCCCAAGGACUGCAUCCAUCACAUCGGCCCAAAAGGGACAGUUCCAUCACGAAAAGGCCCCAACCAUGAGGGGAACAGAGACUUUACUACCCCAAAGUGUGCCGCUAAACAACUGAAAAGUUUUGUUCCACGCAGGUUGGCGCUCUUCCCAGCCGCGUCUGCAGGAAUCUGAUGGCGUUAUACAUGUCAUAGCAGACCCUCCUCAGUGCGCCGGACGAGGACAGAAAUAUGACACGCGGAUUUAUGAUCCCACGGGUAAAACCUGGGUUCUAUCAAUAUGCAUGAAUAAUGUAAAUAAGAAAAAAGGAGAAUAAAAAUCUUUUUUAUAUAUAACAGACGUGCAU